AUAUUUCAAAAUAUUUUUUAUAUCCUAAUAACUACAGUAUAAAGAUCCUAGUCUUUACAUAUUAUUCAAGAAAAUUAUUUUCAGUAUUUUUAUUGUUUUUUUUGUAUUUGGCCAAAUUUUGAAAUACUUUAGUAAAAAUUCUUUCCGCGCGUUUUUUUAUCGACAACAUAUCUGCACCUGUAUCUACAACAUACGAAUAUAUUCGCACCUGCUUUGAUAUGCUUAAUUGAUUUUUCUAAGAGGAAGGAUUUUGUCAAAAUGUUAGAUAUGAUAAGCGCUUGCUAGGCGAUAACGCUCCGUGCGCUUAUAAAAAUCAUUUCGUAGAAGCAAACUCGUCAGUUAUCAGUAAGUAAAGGAAUAGAAUUUGGUCUUCAAUUUUAAACGAAUGGAUUCUUCAUAAUGAAAGGUAUAUAUUUAAUGAUUGUUUUGUACGUGCCCACGUUGGGUAUUCUUGCACUCAAUGAAUCACCAGUGGCUGAUAUUCCAACAAAAUGUCCUGUGAAUCCACGAAAUGAAACAGUUCUUCUACCUCAUGAAACUGACUGCACAAAAUUCUACAAUUGUCACUUGGGAAAGAAAGGGGAACCAAUAAAUUGUCCUUUCAUGGAUACUAAUGGCAAUAGAUUGCACUUCAAUCCCAGACUUCAAGUAUGUGAUUGGCCAUGGAGUGCAGGUUGUCAAUCAUCAUCGACAUCAACAAUUACGUCACCGACGACUCCGUCGCCGACUACUCCGACACCGACGACUCCGUCAUCGACUACUCCGACACCGACGACUUCGUCACCGACUACUCCGACACCGACGACUCCGUCACCGACUACUCCGACCCCGACGACUCCGACACCGACGACUCCAUCACCGACUACUCCGACACCGACUACUCCGACACCGACUACUCCGUCGCCAACUACUCCGACAUUGACUACUCCGACACCGACGACUCUACCAUCGAAUUCUUCAUCAACUACGGAAAGUACAUCAACUCUACCCGGGUCUUGCGCAUCCGAUGGCAGACUACAUAUGAUUCCCCAUAAGAAUAUGUGCGAUUAUUAUUAUUUGUGCUUUAAUGGCAUUAUAAAUCCAGUCCCACGGAAAUGUGAUCGCGAUUUACUUUUCAAUCCACUGCUGCGUGUAUGUGAUUAUCCAGAAAAUGUAAAUUGCCACAAUAUCAUUCCGCCAAGUAAAAAUAACGUACCAUCAACCCGUUCAUUAAUUACAACUUCAAUGCCAUCAUAUUCGCCGUCGAAUACGGUGUCAGCAAAAUUGACUUCAAUAGGUCCAGCUGCUUGGACGUGCGAACGCAACGGUAGACGGUACAAAGUUCCUCAUGAAAGAUGGUGUAAUUAUUUUUAUUGGUGCGUCGAUGGCAAAUUAGGCACAGAGCCAGUGAAAUGCGAAAGCUAUUUAUUAUUUAAUCCAGUGAUUGGUGAAUGUGAUUUUCCGGAAAAUGUAGAUUGUAAUGGCAGAAUUAUUCCCCCAACAACACCCACACCACUUCCCACAAGACCAACUACACCAUCAACAAAACCGACUACACCACCAACAAAACCAACUACACCACCAACAAAACCAACUACACCAUCAACAAAACCGACUACACCAUCAACAAAACCAACUACACUGCCUACAACAACAAGAGAUCCUACCAAACCUCGCGAAAAGUGUCCUCCAAAAGGAUCAACGGAGAAAGCGCGACUUCCUCAUCCAUGUCUAUGCAAUCAAUAUUAUGAAUGCGUAGACGGUGAGCCAAUAUUAGAAACAUGCCCAAUCGGCGAUCAUUUUGAUUACAUUCGAGAAGUUUGCGAUAUGGCUUCAAUAGUAAAGUGUGUUCGACCGAUUCCAACUAAUGAUAUUACAAGUGAUGACUAUGAUGAUUAUGACACUAUGUAUACGUGUGCUCCGGAAGGCAGAGCAUUUCAACAUGAAACAGAUUGUACCGCAUAUUAUGUAUGCUCCAAAGGUGAGAAAAUCUUAAAACAUUGCGUAGAAGGACUUCACUUUAAUAUUACUAUCCAGAUGUGUGAUUAUCCGUUGAAGAAAUGCGCUCUCUCUACAUCUCUGCCAAUAAUCAGUCUAGAUGCUUGCCCUCCCAUAGGUUUCGUAAUGAAAGCAUUAUUGCCUCACGAGUGUGAAUGCACGCAGUAUUACGAGUGCAAUGAUGGAAAACAAAUUCUCCGGAAUUGCCCAGCUGGAUUGCAUUAUGAUCACGUUCGGCAAAUCUGCAACAAGCCGACCGAAGCUAAAUGCACCACUUUUGUACCGAUCGUUCCCACUACAAUGGAAAUGCCUACAUCUGAUCCGAGUAAGUGUUAUGAUGAGAAUAGCAAAAUGCCUCACGAAUACAAUUGCGGAUCUUAUUAUACGUGCAGCAGUGGCAAGAAAAUCCUAAAGACAUGUCCUAAAAAUUUACAUUUUAAUCCGAUGCUUUACGUCUGUGACUAUCCAGAGAAUGUUAAUUGCAACGCUGAAUCUGAAAACGAACCUGUUGCAUCGAAAGAUACCAAAUGUCGCACAUCAACAGGAAUUACCAAAAUUCCUCAUGAGACCGACUGUAAUUUAUAUUACGUUUGCGAAAAUGGCAUCAGUACGCUUAAGAAAUGCCAUUCCGCAGAACUCGUUUUCAAUCCUGUUCUCAAAGUCUGCGAUUUCCCAGAGAAUUCUUUCUGCAGUAUGACACGUGUAAAGAACGACCUUGAACAAAUCGAUAGAGCAAUGAUUCCCAACCUCGAUCCAUCUACUUGUAUCGGUACUUGUCCUGAUGAAGAUCCGGAGUAUGCGGUGCUACUGCCAAACGACGAUUGCAAAAAGUAUUGUAUGUGCAGCAAUGGUGUAGCAUGGGUCAUGCCUUGCCCUGAGCCCCUUUACUUCGAUUCUGUUGAGAAGAUUUGUAAGCUAAAGAAAAAUGCCGUAUGUGGAAAACGUUCAUACGAUCAAGAUGACACGAUUGAUAAAAUCGAUAAUGGUAAUUCAAUGAAAUCUAUGACCAAUGAGAACAAUAAUGAAUACAAAACGUAUGACAACCUCGAUCCAUCUACUUGUAUUGGUACAUGUCCUGAUGAAGAUCCGGAGUAUGCAGUGUUACUGCCAAACGUACGAUUGCAAAAAGUAUUGUACGUGCAGCAAUGGUGUAGCAUGGGUCAUGCCUUGCCCUGAGCCCCUUUACUUCGAUUCUGUUGAGAAGAUUUGUAAGCUAAAGAAAAA